AUGGACGCGACGACGCCGCUAUUGGAAUCGUCUCGCGCGCCCGGCGCGUCGGGAUGGAGACGACGAGCGGUCGCGGCUGGGGUCGCGCUCGCGGUCGUCGCGGUCGGGGUGUUGGGCAUGGCGUCGAACGCGAACACGACGACGACGACGACGACCUUUUCGAAUACGCUGGGCUCGGGACGAACGCACGCGAACGAUGUGAACGCGAACGAUGUGAACGCGACGGUGUACGCGAUGCGCGCACGCGCGCGAUGGGACGCUGGUCUAGGAUACUACAAGCGCACGUCCUUUUUGCCGAGACGACGUCCAGGCAGAUACGCCCGGCCGACGCUCACGUAUACGCUCCACCUCGGGUGUCUCGGCGCCGAGGGUGGAAUGUACGACGACGUCGUCGAGGCGAGGAUCGUUCGACACAAUCUCGGGAGCGACAGCUUUUUUGACUGGGAAAAAGGGAUCCGUCUCAGUCAGGUGAAUCUGUAUCCGGGCGACACCGGGACGUUCUCCGUGGACACGUCCGCCGUCGAUUGGGAGUGGGGAUUUGCCAUCAAGGACUCAAAAGGCCACGUUCGAUACGAAAUCGGAACGAAGAAACACGGCAGUCCGCUUUCUGGGAACGACGAGUGCGCAAACACGUUCGGGCCGUACACGAAUCGCAUCAUCGGCUGGGACUCGCGAAGGACGCCCGAGCCUGGGUACAUCGAUUACGUCUUUGGGUCUUGCGCGCGUAAUUGCAUUCCCACGGGCGAUCCCCACACUUGGUCCCCGAAAGAGCGCGCGAAGAAUACGCAGAAAAUGUUGGCCAACCCCCCGAUCGGUCUCGGGAGCGCGUUCAAGAUGUAUGGCGUCGCCGGAUUGGGUUGGUGUACCAUAAACAUCCAUACGACGCGCGGAACGAGCGACGACAUCAUGAUGGUUUUCAACCCUCGCUCGAGGGAGAAUACAUGCGUCAUGGACGAUGCUACCGGGUGUAAGCCCGCGGUGAGCGAUCCCAAUGGACAGUGCAACUGGAGAGGUCGCCGGGAAGCACAACAGUGGGACGCCGCCGAGAUGGGCGCGCCCACGUCAUCCGACAUGUCUCGAACGUGGACCUUCGAGUUCACUUACCUCGAAAAAGGCGUGGGCAUCACCCUCAACGGCAAGCCCUACUAUACCUUUAACUGGCGUUCGGACGACGCCGGGUACGGCAGCGUAUCCUACAUCCAGAUGAACGGAGGUCAGCCGGCUCGUGUAUUUAAGACGGGGUCGUGCGAUCUCGUCGCCAGCGCGCACCCGCGCGUCGCCAAGGAACAUCCGAGCAGUCUCGUCGUCGGUCACUGA